AUGGGUAUCGUACAGUCGCCCUCGUGGCCCCUGAGGAGUGGUGGCGGCAGUUGCGCUCAGUUAGAUCCGCGGGUGGGUCCGCUAGAUCCGUGCAUCCGCGGGCGGGCGAGGGGCCGGGCGGGCGGGCGGCCGCCGCCUCUGGCCGCCCAGCCGCCGCGCUCAGUAAACUUUGGGACGUCGCGUGCGUUGAGUGCGGCGCGCUCGCUGCCUACCGCCUAUAAGUUCGCCGCGCGACAAUUAAGUGCCGGUGCAUGUGGGCCAGUGGGAGCC